UCGCAUUCAGUAACGCGAAGUCAAAUGACGUGGAGAGUUUAGAGAUGACAAACGCACGUCUAAAACUUUGUAAACUGUGAGAAAACUUGUCUCAACACAUUGGUAAGAGCCACGCUAGCCGUUGCGAUAUUUUUUUUCUCAUAUAUUCAGAUUCAACUUUGAAGAAAGUAAUUGUCAUCAAGAACACGGCUUACCCGGCUAACCAAUUAGCAAGCUAACCGGAACAGCCUCUGCUGCAGCGACAAUCGCUAUCUAAAGUCAGCGUUGUGCAAGUCCAAUUUUGUAGUAUCACCUGAGCGACAUCAUGAAAGGACAAGGAAUGACUUGAUUGACGAUCACUGACAUAGGCUUCACAGGAAUCGCUAAAGUUAGUUUCUUUAGCUCGUCAGAAAAGCAGGGAAAUAUCAGAACCAGCUGUCAAGAUGGGCUCUCUGUUCCGAGGUGAGGAGAUGUGCCUGGCCCAGUUGUUUUUGCAGUCUGGAUCAGCAUACGACUGCAUCAGUGAACUUGGAGAACAGGGGCUGGUGGAGUUCAGAGACCUCAAUCCCAAUGUUAACGCCUUCCAGCGAAAACACGUCAACGAGAUCAAAAAAUGUGAAGAAAUGGAAAGGAUCCUUGGAUAUCUUCUGAGGGAAGUCAAGAAAGCCGACAUUUCACUGCCAGAUAGAGACGUGAACCCUGUGGCUCCUUCACCCAAGCAUGUCAUAUCUAUAAUGGAGCAACUGCAGAGACUUGAGGUGGAAUUGGGGGAAGUGACCAGGAAUAAGGAAAGGUUACAAAAGAAUCUGCUGGAGCUGACAGAGUACACACACAUGCUACGCAUCACCCGCAAUUUCGUCCAAAGACCUGCUGAGAGGGAGCCGUUACAGGUUCAAUAUGAGGAGUUUCCCUUCCUAGAAAAAGACACAAUGAUGGACUACAGCAGCAUGCAGAGGCUAGGGGCCAAACUGGGUUUCAUUUCUGGGCUUAUUCAGAGGGUAAAGAUCGAGGCCUUUGAGCGGAUGCUGUGGAGAGUAUGUAAAGGCUAUACUAUCCUCAGCUAUGCUGAGGUUGAAGAGUACCUAGAAGAUCCUGAUACAGGCGAGUCUACCAAAAGUGUGGUGUUCCUCAUCUCUUACUGGGGAGAUCAAAUUGGCCAGAAAGUGAAGAAGAUCUGUGAUUGCUACCACUGUCACUUGUACCCGUAUCCCAGUAGCAACGAGGAGAGGGACGAUGUUGUGGAAGGACUAAGAACUCGUAUUCAGGAUCUACAUACAGUACUUCAUAGGACAGAGGACUAUCUGAGACAGGUCCUGAUCAAGGCUUCAGAAUCUGUCUACACCUGGGUUGUCCAGGUCAAGAAAAUGAAGGCCAUCUACUACAUUUUGAACCUGUGCAGUUUUGAUGUGACUAAUAAGUGCCUGAUCGCGGAGGUGUGGUGUCCUGUCUGUGACAUUCCCAAACUUCGAAGAGCCCUGGAAGUUGGAUCGAGAAAAAGUGGAGCGACAGUUCCCUCAUUUGUCAAUCGUAUCCCCACCACUGACACUCCUCCAACCCUGAUAAGGACCAACAAGUUUACCUCUGGCUUCCAGAAUAUUGUGGAUGCAUAUGGAGUGUGUACUUAUAGGGAGGUAAACCCUGCUCCAUUCACAAUCAUAACUUUCCCGUUUUUGUUUGCUGUGAUGUUUGGGGACCUGGGUCACGGAAUAAUCAUGGCUCUUUUUGCUUUCUGGAUGGUGCUUUCUGAGAACAACCGCAAACUUAAAAACACCAGGAAUGAGAUCUGGAACACCUUCUUUGAGGGCCGUUACAUCAUUCUGAUGAUGGGCCUCUUCUCCAUCUACACUGGUCUGAUAUACAAUGACUGUUUCUCGAAGUCCCUGAAUAUCUUUGGUUCUGGGUGGAGUGUGAAUGCCAUGUUCAAGGCACAAGUGUGGACAAAUGAGGUCCUCCGUGGAAAUGGUGUUCUUACUCUGGAUCCAAACAUUACUGGAGUUUUCAAAGGACCUUACCCUCUGGGGAUUGACCCGAUAUGGAACUUGGCAUCAAACCGCCUCACAUUCCUUAACUCUUAUAAGAUGAAGAUGUCAGUGAUAGUGGGCAUCAUACACAUGAGUUUUGGGGUCAUUCUGAGCACCUACAAUCAUCUAUACUUCAGGAAGAAGUACAACCUCUACUUGGUAUUUCUGCCGGAGCUCCUUUUCCUGUUAUGUUUAUUUGGCUACCUGGCGUUCAUGAUCUUAUACAAGUGGCUGGUCUUCUCUGCAAAGGAUUCCAGACAUGCUCCAAGCAUUCUCAUCCACUUCAUCAACAUGUUCUUGAUGCAGGGUGAAGCAGUGCAGCCCCUCUAUCCAGGACAGACUGGCCUUCAGGCAUUUCUGGUGGUCAUUGCUGUUCUUUCAGUGCCGGUGUUACUGCUGGGGAAACCAGUCUACCUUUACUGGCUUCAGAAUGGAGGCCGCCGUCUAGGAAUGUACAGGGGAUAUGAGCGUGUGCGGCGAAACAGUGAAGAGGAGCUUUACCUCCUGAGGGCUCAUGACAUGGAGGAAGGCAGCAGUCACAGCGAUCUCUCCAGUAGUGGAGAACACCACUCAGAGGAGUUUAACUUUGCAGAUGAGUUGCUUCAUCAAGCCAUUCACACUAUAGAGUACUGUCUGGGCUGCAUCUCCAACACAGCCUCCUACCUGAGGCUCUGGGCUCUGAGCCUGGCGCAUGCUCAGCUGUCAGAGGUGCUGUGGGCCAUGGUGAUGAGAGUGGGGCUACGAAUGGACACCACUCUUGGGGUUUUAUUCCUAGUUCCAGUGUUUGGCCUGUUUGCUGUUCUCACUGUGUCUAUCCUCCUUGUCAUGGAGGGUCUGUCUGCAUUCCUUCAUGCUCUUCGACUGCACUGGGUGGAGUUCCAGAAUAAAUUCUACAGUGGGACAGGAGUCAAGUUUUGCCCCUUUUCUUUCUCCCUCCUGCCUUCCAGCUUUGAGCAUGACGGCUUAUUGUGAAGAGACUAUGUAAUGAUGAUCACAGCUGAUAAAUGGAGUCAGAACAAGCCAGGGCUUUGUGCUGAUGAAGACACGUUUUACAGAUGGCACAAAGCUGGUUUUCACAUUUAUUUUAGUUAUUAGAAGAAAUUAUGAGGUUUCACAAACUAUGAAUUGAACCACCUCUUCCAUCCCAGCAGUCUGAAGAACACAGAUCAGAUUAGUUCUUAUUGCAAAUGUAUGUAUUAGAGGGUAUUUUCUUCCAGGAUCAGUACGCUUCACCGCAGAAUAUUCUGAGGCUAAAGUCAUUGACAUUGUAUUUUAAAGGUAUAUUUGGAAAAGCUGUUAAAGACAAGAAAAAAAUCUUUUCCCCUAAUUUUUUUUUUCUCUACGGUAUUAAUUUUAGCUUAAUUGCCCGUAUUACUGCUGCCUUUUUUAGUGUUUUCACUGAGCUUCUGUUUUGGCAGAUCUGGUUUUGAAACACUGGAUAAAAGAACCGUACUAGAGAAGUAGUUCCUGUGCCACUGUGUGGUUGAGUUCUUUUACAAAAGUCCAUCCACACAAUGGCUCGUCGUAUCAUUCCCUAAAUUUUAGUGUCUCAUUUAUGAUGCUGAGACACAGCAAAGGAUUUUUGUCUGUUUGAUGUUAAUUGGUGUUUGGGCAGGUGUGUUAUAAGAUGUAUAUACUUUUACAGAAUUAUUUUUUUAAUUUAUUAUAAAAUUUUGUCUCAGAAUUACAGAUGAAUGUUAAUGGGGUGUAUUUUUAACAUUUGUACUUUCACAGUGCUGCCUUUUACACCUUCCACUUGCUGUUCAGUCCAAUCUCCAUGUUUGGAAAGUUUGCUGCAUCCAUUUAUUGACUCAGCUCUGCUGGUUUGAGCCCUUCGGUUUGAAAGAUCCUGCAUCUGUAUUUAGCACAGUGGCUGGAUUGUAUUAAAUCUUAAUGCAAGAAGAUUAAAUUAUCUCUUCUCUUGAUGUCAGGCACAAGUAGUUGAAUAUUUUUAUUACUGCCUGGAACUGGUAUUGGGAUUUUUUUUCUAUCUCAAAGGGAAUCCAACAUAAAUAUCAUCACUGUGUUCAUUAUCUUUUGCACUUUCACUCUGGCAACACAGUUUGCCACAUAAAGGUACUGCCACACAUUUUUAAUGAGGCAGCUGGGAAUCUGGAGCCCUUUUCAUACAGCAUCUGAGCUGUAACAGCACAAACCAGGUUAAAAUGUUCACCUUUGCUUGAUAUCUGUUGAGUGAUUUACGGGUGUGUUCAGGCACAUUCACGUUCAUGGUAGGCUGACAACGGGCUGUGUGAAAAGGGCCACUGUUUUAUUAAUGCAAGGUAUGUUCAAUGAUUGUUAAUUAAAACUGGAUGUAAUUGGUUAUUACUGCUAAUACAUCCCUAAUUGUCUCCUUUAUUUAAUAUAAAGAAUCAUGAUUUUUUUUUUUUCCUUUUUUUUCCUCAUUAACUGACACUCCAGGUUGUAAUUCUUUUAUAUUAAAGACUUUUUUUUCUUCAUGCCAGUAAAAAUGUGUGUAAUUAUU